AUGCCCUUGGACUAUGUCCGAUUCCCCUAUCAGGCGCUCUAUCCUGGAGACAACGACGUCACUGCGGACUCAAUUUUCUCUGGGAUUACAACGUUUGCAAGACUUCCGUGGCAGCAAUGUUUGACCAAGGAGAAGAAUGCCGCUUUCGACAUUGCAUUCCUUGGAGCACCAUUUGACACCGGGACGUCAUACAGACCUGGAGCUCGCUUUGGGCCUGCCGGAAUUCGCGCCGGCUCACGACGACUCACUCUGUACGGAGGCUACAACGUUCCCCUCGAAGUUAACCCCUUCCAGUCUGGUCUGAAGAUCGUUGACUGCGGCGACAUUCCCGUAACUCCCUACGACAACGCGUAUGCUAUCAAGCAGAUCGAGGACGGCCACAAGGAACUAUUGCACCGCACGCCCUUUUCUCCGCUGGGUAAUGAUUCAUUGACGGGACAGCCUCUGCAGUCUAUCGCCUUGGAUGGCAAGCACCACCCCAGGAUUAUCACCCUCGGGGGGGACCACACUAUUGUCCUUCCGCUGCUGAGGUCUAUAUAUACCGCCUAUGGCGCCAUCUCUGUCAUCCACUUCGACUCUCAUCUGGACACAUGGAAGCCUUCGGUCUUCGGCGGUGCACCCUCUUCCCAAGCGGCUAUCAAUCACGGUACUUACUUCUACUGGGCUAGCCAGGAGGGCCUGAUCAAGAACGGAAGCUCAAUUCACGGCGCUAUCCGAACUACGCUCUCCGGUCCAGCUGACUACGCCAAUGACGACGAAUCAGGAUUCCAGAGGAUUGAGGCGAGAGAGAUUGACACUAUUGGUACCGCCGGCAUCAUUAAGAAGAUCAGGGAGACGGUAGGCGACUCGCCGGUAUAUCUCUCUAUCGAUAUUGACUCAAUCGAUCCCGCUUUUGCGCCUGCAACCGGCACGCCUGAGACGGGCGGAUGGUCCACUCGCGAAUUGAGAACAAUUCUGCGCGGUCUCGAUGGUCUGAAAAUCGUUUCUGCCGAUAUUGUCGAGGUUGCCCCGGCAUAUGAUACUAACGCGGAACUCACGACCAUGGCUGCUGCUGACGUGUUGUUCGAAGUCAUCAGUGUUAUGGCCAAGACUCCUCUCGGCGUCGUCGCGAAAUAA